UAAAAAAUCUUUUCGUAUUAAAAACAUGUUUCUUUUUAUAAAAUUAUCAAUAUACACGAUUAUUUUUGUGAGUCACGCGGCUCAAUUGGCAGCCGCUGGUUAUUUGAUAAAUAAAGCUGCGGAUGUAGCAAAAGAAUUAUUCGAAGAAAAUCGUAACAAUAGUCUUAAAUAUUUAACAAUUUGGAAUGUGAUUCUUCAAUGCAUUUAUUGUUUCGCUUCCAUAGUAAAUUGCAUCCUUUCUUUAAACCAUCAAGAUAAAUUUUAUAAAAAGUUAUCACAGCGUUUAUCGAAAAUGUUAAAAUUAGUUAACAUCUCAUUGAUUUCACCAAUUGGUUUGUUAGUGGUUUCAAUAUUUUGGAUGGUUUACACAAUAGAUAGAGAAUUAGUUUAUCCAAAAAAAAUCGACCAAGUCUUUCCAACGAUUAUGAACCACGCUGCACACAGUUUUGUGAUCUUUUUACCGAUAUUCGAAAUUUUUGCACAAAGAAAUGUUUCUAUGCCCAGCUUUAAGUUGACUGUUUGGGGAUUAAGCGGAUUUUUAUUUAUGUUUGUGUGCACAUUAUUUGGUACCUAUUACUUUAGCUCGGUGUGGUUGUAUGGUUUUGUGAAUGUUAUACCUUGGCCAGCAAAAAUAUGGUUUAUUGUUAUUUCUUAUGUCGGUUCUCUUUCAGCUUUAGGCUUAGCAACGGUAAUACAUUCUAAAUUGCUAUUAACAGACAUCAAAAUUAAAAAGAAUUGAAUAAUUUUUGUUAAGAUAUUUACGAAAUAAAUUAUUUUAUAAUU